AUGAGAAAAAAACCUAGUUCUCCUUACGCUGAAUUAAUUGAAGCUAAUAAAAAGAUUUUGUAAGAAGAUGGAAAAUAUUUGGAUUAUUCAAACAUACCUAUACCUUAUAGUUAAUCAUUUUAACAACUUACUUAAUUUCGUAUCCCAUAAUAUUUUGAGUUAUUACAUCGUAAGAAUUAAAAGAAAACUGAAAUUCAUCAAGAAUUCAAUUAACCUAAUGUCAACCAAAACAAUAAUUAGGCUGAGCGUAUUAUUGUUAAUAUUUUUAGCUAAUCUAAAAAGAUAACAAUAGAAAUUGAUAAAACGAAAGCCUUUUUCUAUGAGCAGGUUUUAAACUGCAUAAUUAGAGAGGUAUAUAGUAUAAAGAAAAAAGUAAUUAGAUCUCAUCAGGUUCUUUUAAUAGAGCAAAUUAUACUCUCAAUAAGAUUUUAAGCAGUCUUCCUAUGAGCCAGUUACAUUAAAUACAUGAGGCAAAACAGGAAAAUAUCCAGACUUUAAUUUAAAAAAGAAGGAAUAAACAGAUGAGAAUGGUUACUCCUAAAUUUAAUCUUAGAACAGACUCUUAAAUGGCAAAAUUUUUUGGGUCAUCAAGUAUUGUAUUAUAUAUACUAUUAAGAUAUUUUCCCUACUUUAUCUACAUUUAGAUUAAAAACCCUUUAAUGA